AUGGUAUCAGAUGGUCAGAUGAGAGAAAGUGGUAUGAUUAAUAUGCCAUGGGUGGAAAAGUAUCGUCCAGCUUCUCUCACUGAACUUGUUUCUCAUCAAGAAAUCACUGAUACGCUUAUGAAAUUGAUCAAUGAAAAUCGAUUGCCGCAUUUACUAUUUUAUGGCCCUCCUGGAACUGGAAAAACGAGUACCAUAUUAGCUGCUGCAAGGAUGCUCUAUACAUCAAAGCAAUUAUCGUCGAUGGUUUUAGAGCUAAAUGCAUCUGAUGAUCGAGGCAUAGGGAUUGUUCGAGAACAGAUCAUUAAUUUUGCUCAAACAAGCACUUUAAAUGUGGACAAGAAUCAAAGCAGUGUCCCGAAAUUGAUCAUCUUGGAUGAGGCUGAUGCUAUGACGAAAGAUGCACAGAGCGCCUUAAGACGUGUAAUUGAGAAAUUCACGGACAAUGUUCGAUUCUGUAUUAUAUGUAAUUAUUUGUCGAAAAUCAUCCCGGCAAUCCAAUCGCGGUGCACACGUCUACGUUUUGCUCCACUUUCAAAUGAGCAAAUAUUGCCACGGCUGCAUCAUAUCGUGCAAGUGGAAACACUCACUGUAACGGAAGAUGGUCAGAAAGCAUUACUAAAUUUGGCCGAAGGAGACAUGAGACGGGUUAUAAACAUUUUGCAGAGCACAGCAAUGGCUUUUAAAACGGUUGAUGAACCGAAUGUUUAUCGGUGUGUGGGUUAUCCUUUACCAACUGAUGUUGAAAAAAUUGUGAAAAUACUAUUAAAUGACUCAAUAGAAGAUGCUUACACAAAAAUAGAAGAAAUUCGAACUGAACGAGCAUUUGCACUCAGUGAUAUAUUAAACUCAAUGCAUGAAUUCAUUUUCCGUCUGGUAGUACCACCAGAAUUAUUGAGUCGAUUGUUGAUUUGUAUGGCAGAUAUCGAAUAUCAUCUGUCGCAGGGUUGUUCAGAUCGUUUACAGCUUGGGGCCUUAAUUGGUGCUUUUAUCAACACUCGUAAUGAACUGGCAAAACUUGCUCCUAGUAAGAUGCAGAACUCAGGCGUUGGUCCGAAUCAGCCGGUAUACUAUCAACAGACUCAAGGCGGUGCUAUGAUGAUGGGUUAUCCACCAUCCACAAUAGAUCAACGUCAGCAACAGCAGGUAAUGAAUAUGCAAAGUAUAUCGGCAGCUCAGAUCUAUAGUGGUACAGGUGCAAAUAUACAAAGUAUGCCGGGAAGACAGUAUUCCGCGGGUACCGUUCAGGAAUCUUCACCGGGUAUAAGGCCAUCAUCACAUUCUCAGUCUAAUUAUCAGUUAGGAGUACAAUCACAAACGCCAAAUGAGCAGCAGCAACAACAACAGCAACAGCAAUUUCAAAAUCGACAAUCAUAUCAACCUCAACAACAACCACAACAGUGUACUCAAAGAAUAUCGGAUCAAGUCGGUGAAAAAUCAAAAAAGGACGAAACAAAAGCAGCUCGACCAAUGAAUCCUCCGCCAUAUUCUCCCGAGAUCUUAAGUGAUUUAUCGAAGUAUUCGGUUGCUUCGUUGGCAUGCAUUGGUCGUGAACUGGUCCAGGAAUUAUUGUUGAGAACUUAUACACUUAUGACAAGCUUAACGAAAUCAGUAGAUCGUUGGCAUCAGCAGCAGGGUGUGAGCGAUCCAGAACAACUGCUUUCAUAUUGUGAGUAUAUUUUAUCGAAGAUCACGGAAAUAAGACUUCGAAUUGAUUAUGUGCCAAGGGUGGCUAAUAUCAGUGAAGAUGAAUUCAUUACAUUGAUGAGCGACCCAAGUCCUCCACAAAAACCCCCUGAACUGACAGCCAAAGAGGAAACAUUCGAAGUGCAACGACGAAAGUUGGUGAAAUUGAAUACAGCACUAAAAAAUCUGGAUUGGAUGUGUUUAGUUUCAGACCCACGUUUUUUAAAGAAAGCAGAUAAGAAUUGA